AUGGGGUCUGGCUGCUGGCUGCUGCUGGCUUUGCUGGCUGCCACGAGCAGAGCCAAGACAUUUGGCCGCUGCCAGUUGGCCCACCUUCUCCAGCAAGAGGGGCUGGAUGGCUACAGAGGCUAUAGCCUCGCCAACUGGCUCUGCAUGACCUUUUACGAGAGCAACUUUGACACAGCAGCCAAGAGCAUCAAUGCUGACAGCAGUACCAACUUUGGCAUCUUCCAGAUCAACAACCAGCUGUGGUGUGCAGAUGAGCACAGCCCAUCGGAGAACCUCUGCAAAGUGGCUUGCGCGGAUCUGUUAACAAGUGACAUAACUGACGACAUCAUCUGUGCCAAAAGAAUUGUGAGACACCCACAAGGAAUGGAUGCCUGGAAGGACUGGGCAGUGCACUGCAAGGGACGAGAUCUAUCGGAGUGGGUGGAAGGAUGUGACCUGUGA